GUCUGAACUGAACGCACUCUUAUUUAUUGUCGUUGGAGAUGCUCUAACAGGUGUUUUUAUAGGGUUUGCUCCCUGCAGAAUCAUAGGUUUAAGUGACAAAAUUUGGGAAGCUUGUAUGUGAAUUGCAUGUGUGUAGAAACUGUUUAUGUUAUUCUCAUUUAGCCUUUAAUAACAGGUUGGUGGUUUGGAAAGAGGGAUGCAGGUCGUCCUUUUCUAAGGGGGGCUUUAACCUGCAUCACGGUGCAAUAAUCACCUUGAUCUGAUAUUUGUCCUGUACUACUGUACUGAAACAGGCCAUAUUAUGAAUUACAGUAAGUAAGUAAAAAUGAAACUGCUCUUGUAGGCUUUUGUGUGUGGGUUUUUGUUAUUUUUUGUUUUUUUGUAUAUGGCCUUACCUCCAGAUAUUCAAUAUGUGUGCCAAUUUUGAUGAUCUGACAGCUGCGUGUUUAACAGCCUUGCCCAGAACAGUUUGGGAUGUGGUAUUUAUGAUGAGGAACAUGAAGCUGUGUGGGUAUUCACCAGCAUCCAUCCUGAGCAGGAUCAAGAUGCUGAAAUAAUGUGUUCCUAUCAGGUGGUUAAAGUAGGUGCAGGAUUUGUCUUUGAACUGAACUUGUCAUCCGCGAUAUAUUCGUUUUCUCUCUGCCGACUAAUUGAAUCUAAACUUGUAAGACAGACUGUGCCCUUGUCGUCUACAGGUCUGGGUGCCAACUUGAGCAUCUCUCUCAGUGUUAAAGAGCAAGAGGCGCCUAUUUAAAAUACUGUACAGCUCGUGGGUUUCUCGUUUUCCCUGCCAGUGAGGUUUACUUUUCAUUUUUCAUAGUAUAAAGAGAGAUUUUGGGGGCAUUAAAGGAAUAAAAAAAGUGACCAGGCUUUUUGAGGUGAGGACUUUGGCACCACGUCUCGGGAGUGAUGGCGGCGUCUGCACCCUCCUCCUCUGGCGGCGAACCGGAUCCCAACUCGACAAAUUUACGACCACCGGGCUCAAGCUAUGAUGCUUGGUGUGGAGUUGCUCAUGGAUGUACUAGAAAACUGGGAAUGAAGAUAUGUGGAUUUUUGCAGAAGAACAACAGUCUGGAGGAGAGGAGCAGGAUUGUGAGUUCCUUCAAGGAGCGCACAGCCAAGAACCUGCUGUCCUGCGAUAACAACAGCGGAGACGCGCGUUUCAGACGCACCGAGACCGACUUCUCCAAUCUGUUCGCCAGAGAUCUAUUGCCUGCCAAAAAUGGAGAGGAGCAGACCAUGCAGUUCUUGCUGGAGGUUGUGGAAAUCCUCACCAAUUAUGUCCGGAAGACCUUUGACAGAUCGACCAAGGUCCUGGACUUCCACCACCCCCACCAGCUGCUGGAGGGCAUGGAGGGCUUCAACCUGGAGCUCUCUGACCAGCCCGAGUCUCUGGAGCAGAUCCUGGUGGACUGCAGGGACACCCUGAAAUAUGGAGUGAGAACAGGUCACCCCAGGUUUUUUAACCAGCUGUCCACUGGAUUAGACAUUGUUGGGCUGGCAGGAGAGUGGCUUACCUCUACAGCCAACACUAACAUGUUUACCUAUGAGAUCGCUCCUGUCUUUGUGCUCAUGGAGCAGCUGACACUGAAAAAGAUGAGAGAGAUCAUUGGCUGGCCUGUGGGAGAGGGCGAUGGAAUAUUUUCUCCAGGAGGAGCCAUCUCCAACAUGUACAGUGUGAUGAUUGCCAGAUACAAGUUUUUCCCUGAAGUCAAGACCAAAGGCAUGGCAGCUGCACCCAGACUGGUCCUCUUCACCUCAGAGCAUAGCCACUAUUCCAUCAAGAAAGCCAGUGCAGCUCUGGGCUUUGGGACAGAGAACCUGAUCCUUUUGAACACAGAUGAGAGAGGGAGAGUCAUUCCUGCUGAUUUGGAAGCCAAAGUAAUAGAGGCCAAGCAAAAGGGGUAUGUCCCGAUGUUUGUGAAUGCCACCGCUGGUACCACCGUCUACGGAGCCUUUGAUCCCAUCAAUGAAAUUGCAGACAUCUGUGAAAAGUACAACAUGUGGCUUCAUGUGGAUGGUGCAUGGGGAGGAGGUUUGCUAAUGUCCAGGAAACACAGGCACAAGCUGAAUGGAGUACAGAGGGCCAACUCGGUCACCUGGAACCCUCAUAAAAUGAUGGGAGUGCCGCUACAGUGCUCUGCCAUUCUGGUCAGAGAGAGGGGAUUAUUACAAGGCUGCAACUCCAUGUGUGCUGGUUACCUCUUCCAGCCAGAUAAACAGUACGAUGUUACAUACGACACAGGUGACAAGGCCAUUCAGUGUGGACGGCAUGUCGAUAUCUUCAAGUUCUGGCUUAUGUGGAAGGCAAAGGGAACAGUAGGAUUUGAACAGCAUAUUGACAAGUGCCUGGAUCUGUCAGCGUACCUCUACAGUAAAAUAAAAAACAGAGAGGGCUACGAGAUGGUGUUUGAUGGAGAGCCGCAGCACACUAAUGUGUGUUUUUGGUAUAUCCCGCCGAGCCUGCGCGGCUUACCUGAUGGUGAUGAGAGGCGGGAGAGGCUGCACAAGGUGGCCCCAAAGAUCAAGGCAAUGAUGAUGGAGUCUGGGACUACGAUGGUGGGUUACCAGCCACAAGGAGACAAGGUCAACUUCUUCCGCAUGGUCAUCUCCAACCACGCUGCUACCAGGUCAGACAUCGACUUCCUGAUUGAGGAGCUUGAGCGACUGGGGAAUGACUUGUAAGAGCCACACCUAACCAACCAACCAACCAACACCCCAGAGGAGAGCCUUGAGCUUGGCUUCAUGUCCCUUUUGUCUCAUAAAGACGUUGAAAUGUUUGCUUACAGGUCUUCUCUGGCAACGCACAACAAAUAAUAAGCCCUGUGUGUCUCUUCUCUGUCUGUUCUGUCUUUAGCAGCAAUGACAUAUAUUCAAAACAUUUGCACACAAGGUUAUCUGAGUAUAAAGGACAUAAGUCAAAACUUGAGAGAAUCACAAAAACACACAGGUAUUCUUGCUAGACUGCAUGUUAAGUGUAAAUAAACCUAAUAUAAUGUCAAUUAAAUGAGAUUAACACUGGUUACCUUUCAUGUAAAUAUGAAAUAGCAAGAAUAUCUGAUCACUUGAAUGAUUCCCUCUAUAGCAGCUAUUUAAAAAAAUAAUAAUUUUACUGUUGUACCAUAUGAAGAUCAGUAUUAAAAACAGGAUGAAAUCAAAUAUUUUUUCACAAGUAACAGAGCACAAUGUAGGGAACCUUAUUGCGUUGACAUAAACAGUAUUAAUGUAAAAAAAUGAAAUAUAUAUAUAUAUAUAUAUAUAUAUAUAUAUA